AUGACCUCGCCUUUGGGGCGUUCGGCACCCUGGUCGGUCAUGGGCCUCGCUACAUUGCUUGGCAUGCUUUGUGUGGAUUGGGUCUUCGACACCGGCGACUCGAUGCAGGAGGCCAAGGUUUACUACUGCGCCCUCCUGCCGACGCUUUUUUCGUUCCCGCAGUGCCUGCGCAUCCUGAUCCCGGUAGCCUUCUCCGGGGUCCACAUCCUGAUGAACCUGCAGGGGGCCCAAGGUCAGGGCCUCCUGGCGCGAGAGUGGCUCACCUCGCCACCUGCGCUGUGCUUCUAUUUGGUGGCCUGCCCUGCUUCUACAUCUCUGUUCGAGCUGUGCAGUCGAUGUGCAGCGAUACGGACAUGGCGAAGCAAAUGA